AUGAAAUUAUCAGAACAGACAAGUAUUUUUAUGUUAUUGGCUCUUGAUACGUUAUUUUUUCUUACUGAAAUUAUAAUUGGAAAUUAUGUAAAUUCCUUGGUGUUGAUAGUAGACUCUUUUCAUGUGCUAAAUGAUAUAUUGAGUUUGAUUGUUGCAUUAUAUGCUGCAAAGAUUUCAAAAAGGACAAAAUUUUCAUCAAAAUAUUCUUAUGGUUGGCAACGUGCUGAAAUUUUAGGUGCUUUAAUAAACGGUGUAUUUUUAAUAUCAUUGUGUUUAAGUAUUUUUAUUGAGGCACUGCAAAGAUUUUUCUAUGCUGAAGAAAUUAGUCAACCAAUACUAGUUCUUAUUGUUGGAUGUGUUGGAAUUUUUGUUAAUUUCAUUGGCUUGACGUUAUUUUAUGCAGUUGAUGAGAUUUAUGUUCAUCCUGCAAAAGCACGUCAAUCAAUUUUAUUGGCUGCAAAAAGCUCAUCUGCUUUUUUAUCUGACGAUCAACAUGACAAUGAUUCCAUUUCAAUAAUAACAGAAUCAGCAAUUUCAAAUGAUGUAAAUCAAAACAAUAGACAUAAAGAGCAUAAAGAACAUCAUCGUAAAAACCUUAAUAUGAAUGGAAUCCUUCUUCAUGUUUUGGGAGAUUUUGCUAAUAAUCUUGGUGUAAUUGCUGUUGCAUUAUUUAUUCACUUCACCAAUUUUUCAUGGAAAUAUUAUUCUGAUCCAAUUGUAAGUAUAAUUAUUGCUGGAGUAAUUUUAUCAAGUGCAAUUCCAUUAGUUCGAAGUGCAUCUUUUGUUUUAUUGCAGGCAGUUCCAUCAGAUGUUUCUAUUGACAAUAUUCGAGAUAAAUUAAAAGCUGUUGAAGGAGUAGUAUCAGUACAUGAAUUACAUAUCUGGCAAUUAUCAGAUACAAAAAUUAUAGCAUCAGUGCAUGUUCUAUUAUCUUCAAGAGAUUAUAUCUUAAUAUCGUCAAAAAUUAGAAAAACUUUACAUUCAUAUGGAAUACAUUCAGCCACCAUACAACCUGAAUUUGUUAAAUUUGAUGAAAAAACUACCAAUUCUGAUAAUGAGAAUAGUGGUGAUAGUGAAAUGCGUUAUAUUGUGACUAACCCUUGUGAUUUGAAUACCGUUGAUGAUAAAAAUUAUGAGGGUCAAGAGUAUGAAUGUCUUUUACGUUGUGCAGAAGAAGAUUCAUGUAAUCAAAAACUAUGUUGUCCAUCACCUCCCAAGGCUAAUUCAGAUGCAUCAAUAAAUAUCAAAGAAUAA